AUGCAGCAUCCAAAGCACUCCGAAUAAUUUCUAUAGCCGGUAUCGGGUUCUCAAUAGCUUGUUUAACAGUUACCCUUAUCGUUUACAUUUUCUUUUGGAAGUAUCUGCGGAAUGAUCGCACCACUGCCUUGAUAAAUUUGUGUGUAGCCCUUUUACUUUCCUACAUUCUAUUUUUGGCGGGAGUCGACAGGACAGAAAGUAGUGUCGCAUGUGCUGUUAUUGCUGCUGUGUUACAGUAUAUAUAUUUGGUUGUGUUCUGCAUUAUGCUGGUGGAAGGCAUUGAAAUAGCUAUCACUGUACUAUAUGUGUUCAAAACAAAGUCAAGAAUACGAAUCAUGCUUAUAUUUGCUUGGGUGAUACCUGCUAUUAUUGUGGGAAUUUCUCUCGGUGCUACACAAGCUGAAGGCUAUGGCAAGGACAAUUUUUGCUGGUUGUCAGUUGAAAAUGGCUUGAUUUGGUCCUUUGUUGGGCCUGCAUUAUGUAUAAUUAUUUUCAAUGGAAUUUGCUUAAUUAUUGUGAUUCGCACAAUGUUCAAAACAAAAGCAAUGGAGACGAAAACAGUUUCGGAAAAAAUAAAAACAAGCUUCCGGUCAUUGUGUGUGCUACUUCCUGUUAUGGGGGUGUCCUGGAUUCUAGGAAUAUUCUACGUGCAUGAUAGCUUUUACUUCAUUCAGUAUAUUUUUGCAAUACUAAAUGGACUUCAGGGAUUUUUUAUAUUUUUAUUUCAUUGCAUCCUAAAUGAACAGGUAAAGAAAGCUAUUCAGCUUAGAAAUAGACGGAGAUCAUCGGUUAAAGAAAUUUUGAAAAGCAUGUUGAGGAGUUAUUCGAGAGAUGAAAGCAAGUCGAAAGACCUUAUAGAACCGAGGAAAUCAUUUAUUGAUAGUGGCGAUUUUACUACUCAAAACGACAGUGAUGGUUGGAAGGAUAAGAUGAUAAAUUCUCGAUACCCGUCGCCGGAUGUAAAGUUUGCAACGCCGCUAGGAUUUUAUGGAAAUGGAAGACGAGCAGCUACAUUUUCUGUUGAAUCACGUGACAAAUUAACUAGCUUUGUUUCAAAAUCAGUGUCAACGCCUCACAGAAAUACAGUGGUCACUUAGAAGCUAAUCUAUUUUCUGCAAGACUGUGUAGACACAUGAUUCCAUGUACACCCCUAUGAAAAAGGUUUAGUGUUAUGACAUGUGUAUCUGCUUUGAUGUUGCUUUUUUAUCUAUAUAACAGAAAUUUUCAAAUGUGUCCGUUUAAAGCGUUAAUAUCCUUGCUUUUGCUUUGUACAUUUUGUAAUAUAUAUUAUUUGAAUUGUGCGAGUAUUUAUGUUUUCCUCAAUUGUUAUUAAGAGCCAAAAAUUAUGGUGCUGUAUAAAGUGGCCCAUUACCAAAUUACCUUCUAUUAUUCUUAUAGAAAGCUCUGUUCAUAGCCAAAGCAUCGGCAUCAAAGUGUCUGGUAAAGGUUUUGUGUGAUUAUAUAAAAUAUCAUUUAUUUUACUCUUUACAAGAUGUAAACGAUUCAUUUUUAUCAAACUUUAUAAAGUUUGAAAUUUUAAAUUAUCAAUUCUUCCAUUUCCAGUUACACAACAUGUCUUUAAUAAUCCCCUUCCACGUAGCGGUAAGGGGAUUAUAGGAAUAGCCUCCGUCUGUCAGUUCGUCCGUCCUUCUGUCAGUAUGUCUGUCCGUAACACUAUUGUGUCCGCUCAAUAACGAUUGAAAUGAUCACCAUUUUAAGACGAUGUGCAGAACGCAAUAUUAAUGUUGCUAAACCCAAGGUCAAAAUCACACUUACAGUUCAAGUGUUAAAAAGUCUAAAUCUCAUGUCCGCACCAUAAAUAUUAAACUGGUAAAAAAUCUUUUGAAAUAACUUGGCACAAGUGAUCACUUAAUGGUUGAAAAUGGUAGACAUUUUAAUAUUGACAUCGUGAUUGUAUGUAUUGUGAUUCAAUGUUAGAGGACGAAUAUCACUUUCUUAUCGUGUGUUCUGUAUAUGCAACUGUACGUUCUCACUAUAUACCAUUGUAUUAUUAUCAAUAUCCGCAUGUUGGAAAGUUCUAAUCUUUGAUAGUCACUAAAGACGAGUCAUUGAUAUGUAAUGUUGCUAUGUAUAUUAAUUAUGCAAUGAAAGAAAGAGACAAUUUCCUUAAAUGCUUUGAAUAAUUUAUAUUCAGAUUGUACGUUAUAAUUGCAUUAGAAAUUUGACCAUCACUAUAUCUCCAGCAAUGCUAAUUUGUAUUGUAUAUUGUAUACACUGCGUAUGGGCCGGAGGCCUUUUGUACAAUAAAACCAUUGAAUUAUAUUGAAAUGAUCACCAUUAUGAGACGAUGUGUAGAGCGCAAUAAUUGGGUUGCUACCCCCAAGGUCAACGUCAUUCUAAAAGGUCAAGUAUUAAAAAGUCUACAUUUCGUGUCAAUUCCAAACACGCUGCACUGUUUUUAAGAUGACUUGGUAGAAAUCAUCACAAUUAUUAUCACCAAAAUCCAGGUUGCUACUAUCAAGGUCAUAAUUGGUUAAGGUCAAAAAGUACACAUUCAUGUCCGCUGCGGAAGGGGUUUGAGCUGUCCUUCAGACUGUCUUGUUUCACAUUGUUAUUAAUAUGGCAAUUUAGAAAAAAAUAAAUGUUUUGUGUAAAUCAUAUACAUUUCUCCUCAUACUAAAUAAGAAACGUAAGCGAAUUCUAUAUAUUAUGAUAUAUGUUUUGUUUUGCGUCUGCGUGCAUUUACAUGUAAUCGUAUUAGAAUGAUCAUAAAAUGACGUCAUCGGUAUUAUGUUGUGACACUCAUUCAUUUUUCAGACUGUUGGUAAUUGUUUCUGAUUAAUAUGGUUUUAAAAUGUAUUCUUAUUUUCUGUUACCUGCUAACACAAUCUCAAUAUACAUUUCUUUGUUUCAUGUUUACCCUUAUGACAAUUUAAUUACUACUUGUAAUUCUUCAUGUGCCAAUACUUUGUCCUCAUUCAUUUAUACUUUUUUCAAUCAUUUAUAAACCAUUAUGUAUUACACAAUAAAGAAUCAGAUAAAUAUUUUCUUUACUGUAUCUUUUUGGUUCACUUUUAUUCUUUUUUAUAUUGGGGACUUAAUUGUUGUAAGAAGCACAAAUAUUUCAACUUUUUAAAAUUUAACUCCCGUUGACGUUGAUAAUUACGGUAUAAGUAAUUGUAGCGAAUAAUUUCAAGCUUUAUUGAUAGCCGAAGAGUUGAUCGUACUAAAUCUACAAAGGUGCGACAACCGAUUCUGAACACGCGGCAAUAGUCAUCUGCUAGUAUAAUGUCUGUAGCUCUUUAAACAAUUUGACAAAAUACGUCACAUUUUAUGAAUAAUUAUGUAUGGCAAAUCAAUUUAAAGAAUAUGUUGCUUAUGAUUCCAACAAACUUUCAAAAGACAAUAAGUUCCAAAUAAUAUAACAGGUCAUUUUUAACCUAUGAAUUGCUUUGUUUGCAUAAAUAUACACUGUGGCGUAAUUAAAUGAAUAGAAGUAAAUGCGUACGCAGAACUGAUACUGUUUAGAUGAUAACUGUGGUUGCUACUCGUACAUUGUCAUGUACUUUAUAACAUUAUUCGUUUCCUUUACAGUGAGAAUUGUGAUGUUUGAUUAUGAUAUAUUGCUAAAGAAAUAAUGUCUCAUGACAAUUUUGUGAAUGUAUAUUACUUUAGAGCAAUGACAAAUUGUAAAAAAAAGGACAAAAUGCAGGCUCUGUGUGACUUUCUUUUCAUAAUAUAAUAUGAAAGGUGCAGCAUCUAUAAUACCUCCAUAGCACAGGCUUUCUCGGAAAUAAAUCUGCAGCACCAUAAUCAUUGGAAUAAAUGAUCACGGAGGACCAUAAAGAUAAGAGGUUUUUGAAGUUUUAUUUCUAUACAUACGGGAAUUAUUUUCACCGAGUUGUAUGAAAAUAAAUAUUUCAAGAGUGACUUGACGAAAAUUAAACAGUUGAUAUUUGUUUAGAGAAAUCUGUUUGGGUUGUAUUCCUGUCCAUGUUUUUUCCUAAUGUUAUAAGAUAAAGUUACUCACAUGUGUAGAUAACUCCUCAGCAGGGCCUAUUCUAACCCACAAAGUUCAAUAACUUCUGCAGCAAUUUAAUGUUCUGCUCAGUAUUUUGGGUUCAUGCUUCACAAUCUUGUACUGCUGUAUGUCCAUGGCUGCCUAAAUCAAAUGAAAUAAAUUAUUUUAUAAAACUCA